AUGAGAGCUGAUAACGCGGCUCAAUCAUGCAGCGAGUCGCAUAAAUAUACUUCCGGCCCAGACAAAUUUUGUUCCGCGAAUGGUGAUGAAAAACACUCAACUUGCCGAGAUAGGAAAUGUACUCAUAUAUCGUACUAUGGUUCGACAAAUUGUAAUCCACAAGUGAAAUUGUUCAAACCUUUCAAACACUACGGUAUUGAGUGCAAGAAGCCAAAUGAAUUUUGUCACGGUGGCGAAAUUAACGAUGGACGAGAUAAUGUCUUGUAUCCAGACCCGCACAGAUCACACGAUUUAAUUGAUGAUGCUUGCGAAUGUCAAACUAUCUGGUGCUUGGAUGAAAUUAUGACAAUUUACGAAAAAGAAGGCAAAUUGUUCAAAGGAAACGUCACAGUGAAGACUCCGUGCAAAUGUGAAUGCAGAAAGAGAUUCAUUAUGAUGGGACCUUAUGGCGGCGGCAAAUAA